UGGACGUUUUUGCUUCUUUUAUACAAGUCACUUUUUACGUAACUUCAAAUCUAUGCAAAUUGAGUGUAAUUGCACUUGCAAGAAUAUAAGUAUGAGUCCACCGGCUUUAGGAUUAGGAUCGAUCAGUACACUUCGUGAAGCGGAUGCAUUAACAUCGAAGAGUGGUUGCAGAAACGUCACGGAUUUUUACGUGCGCAACGUAUCUCGUCACAAUGGCGCGGGAAUAUGCAUUAUACCAUCAUCAGCCGGCGUUGCUGUUAUUUCUUUGCUGCAUUGCAUUGUCUACCACAAUUGCGCAGCAUUGCACGAAAAAUGAACUUGAUGCAGUUUGCGACGAGAGACGAUCUGAGUUUCAUGUGGAAUUGGUUCAAGUGUUAAUAAGACAUGGAGAACGUACACCGUUACUUAAGGAAAUGUACCCCAGGGAUCCAUAUAAUGUGUCAGUUUAUGAACCUUGGGGUCUUGGCCAACUGACCAAUAAAGGAAAAUUGACGGAAUAUCGAAUCGGCACAAUGUUGAGAGAACGUUACAACGAUUUUCUAGGGUCAAUUUAUCAUCCACGAGAUAUCUAUGCUGUCAGCACAGACAUCGACCGGACGAAAAUGUCUCUGCAGUUGAUGUUAGCAGGGUUAUAUCCUCCACAUCCAACACAAUUAUGGAAUCCGGAUUUACCAUGGCUAGCUAUUCCUACGCAUUACGCUCCUGAAAGAGUGGACACAGUGCUAAAACCUCAUAACUGCCCAGUAUAUAUAGCAGCCUUAGAAGAGGUAAAAAGAACCAAAGAAGUCCGUGAUAAAAUUGCAAUUUACAAAGACUUUUUAACAUUUUUGAGUGAGAAAACUGGAUUAACCAUCGAAGAACCAAAACCCGCUUACGAAGUUUUCAAUCACCUAACAGCACAGAAAAACAUGAAUCUAACUUUACCGGAGUGGUGCACUGACGAAGUGUACCAAAAGAUGCAGGACUUAGUCGUGUUGGAAUACGAGAUUCGUUCGUACAAGACUCAAUUAAAGCGAUUGAACGGCGGCAUGUUGAUCAAGAAAUUUAUCGACAAUUUGAACAUCACAGGAAAAAAUAAGAUUCCACGCAAGAUGUACGUAUACAGCGCCCAUGAGGUAAAUAUUGCAGCGUUUGCCGGAGCCCAUAAUAUCAGCGAGCCGCGCUUACCAGAUUAUGGUUCAGCAUUCAUAUUUGAGAAGUUACGAGAUGACGCUGGUGAACUCUACGUCAGGAUUAUCUUAUGGACCGGCAGAACAGAAAAGUUGAUAACUAUGAAGCUUGCAGACUGCAAUGAACUUUGUCCUUUGGAAACUUAUUUAGAGCUCGUACGAGAUGUGACACCGUCGGACGAGGAGACAACUUGCUUGUGGAAUGAUAUAACCAGAGAAGAACUACUGAAACUUUUUGAGGAAAGACUCUAUUUAGAUUAAGCAAGUUUUGUUCAGGAAUUAAAUUAUGUAGGUACGAGUACAUAUUUUCAUACGGCGCAAAAAUAAAUAAUAAGGAUUCAGAAUAAAAGGAGAAGAUAUUUUAAUUUUUUACAUUAUAUUUCUUAUUCUCUCUUCAGUGGAGAGACUGGUUUUAAAGAAACAAUUUGUUAUUUUUCGUUCAAGGUAUCGGAUUUUUUUAUACUAAGCACAUUAAUAUUUAUAAUAGAUUGUUUUGUUUAGCAAAUAAGGAGAAGAACAUAGCAGACAAUUAAACUUGGAAAGAAUUGUUGCAAUAAAUAUAUUUGAGUCUGUCCUAUAAUGAUGCUAAAACUUUGUCACAUUUCUAAUGUUUUCGUUAACUUCCAUACCACGCUGAAAGUACCAGUUCUCGUCUUACAGGAUACUUUUAACAAGCUUGAACAUCACUACAAAACAUGGAAAUUGCACAUUAACAUAAACAAAUGCGAAACAAUAAUAUUCAGAUCUAACUUAAUUUAUGCCAAUAGCAACGUAAGAAAAAACUACAAAACUUUCCAAAUAAAAGGUCCUCCCAAAGAUAACAUCGCACAAAGCAUUCCAGACAAGAAGUUUAUCAAAUACUUGGGAAUUAAUAUAGACGAUAGACUACAUUACAAAACACACAUUGACACACAGAUCCUCAAGGCUAAUAAGGCAUUUGGACACUUGCGUAGACUUUUUUAUUCAAAAAUAUUACAUACAAAAAUAAAAAUAAUCUGUUACCAACUACUAAUAAGACCCCUAAUAACAUAUGGAUGUCCCAUAUGGUAUAACAUCAGUGUGUCGCUUAUGGAGAAAAUUCGAAUUUUCGAAAGAAAAUGCCUGAGAGCCUGUCUUAACAGGAACAGAUCGGCAGAAUCAGAUUACACAAAAUACAUAAACAACGUAAAAAUAUAUAACGAAGCAGGCAUACCUAGGAUAGACAAUUUCAUUAUCAAACUAAUUCGCGAACAUUUUCGUCAAGUGAGCAGAAUUACCGAAAAUAGUCAAAUACAAUGUGCGUUGUAUCCCAAUCCGAUGUAUCACGAAAAAGCAUUAUGCACCGGCUUCAUCCCGCCUGAGGCAUUUCUGUAUCUCGAUUAUAAUGGUUAUAUACAAGAUAAUAACGGCGUACCAUUGAUAUAUCAUUAUCCGCGACGAAAUAACAAUAAAAAGUUGGGGUACCCCCCACAUUCAUCAAUACACGAUAAUAAUAUACCUUGGCGAUAUAGUUAUUUACUACCAAUUACCGAAAAAUUAAAA